AUGGCUUCACUGCCGUUUUGCUUCUUGUUACUUCUAGUACAACUGGGUAGUUCACAACAACAUGUUCCCAAUCCGAAUCAGAUGUACCGUCGUUUUGAGUACAAACACUCAUUCCGUGCUCCUAACCUGGCUCAACGUGAUGGCACGAUUCCGUUCUGGGUGGUAACCGGAGAUGCCAUAGCUUCGUCGGAGCAGUUGAGGUUGGCGCCGUCAAUGAGAUCGAGGAAGGGCAUUGCCUGGAACAAACGACCUUACACUGAAGCCGAGAACUUUGAGGUUGAAGUGGCUUUUAAGAUUACUGGUCAGAGGAUUGGUGCUGACGGCUUGGGUAUUUGGUAAGGUUUUUCUUUUGUCUUUUUUUUGUUUAUAGGUUUUAAAUUAGUCGAAAGAUGAUAUUUUUAUGUGGUAAUCUACUGUGUGUAAACCUAUUCUUCGCACAGAACGUUCUAACUAUAAACUUUUGAAAUUUACUAUAGUUUUCAUGUUAAUAUCGCUCCAAAAGGUUCUAGAAUUUUAUUUUUUUGUUAGAAAACGUUAUGAUUUCAGGUACACAGCCAAUCAAGGAACGUUAGGCCCAGUGUUUGGUGCUAACGAUCAUUGGAACGGUUUGGCUUUGAUGUUCGAUUCGUUUGAUAAUGAUGGUCGCAGAAAUAAUCCGUACGUGUCGGUCAUGGUCAACGAUGGUACUAAAGCCUACAAUCAUCAGAGUGAUGGGGCUGAUCAAAUCCUUGGGGGUAAGCUUUACAUUCAAGAGAUAUGUAUUAUUAAAGUGAAUGCUUCUGCUUAGGUAUUAACGUAACUUUUUGGUUUUUAUGCAUAUAUUUUAAUGAAAAAAUGAGGUUUUUGGUAAAAAUGAGUCAAUUCAUUUCUAAUAUUUCUCAUUAAGGAUGCCAACGCGACUUCCGUAACAAGCCAUACCCAGUAAAAGUCCGACUCCAAUACUUGAAUAACGUUUUGACGGUUGAUAUUUCUGAUGGUUUAACUCCACAGCCAAGGUAUGAAACCUGUCUCCGUGCUGAGAACGUCUUCCUUCCUUCUCGAGGUUUCUUCGGAGUUUCCGCAGCUACUGGUGGUUUGGCUGACGAUCACGACGUCGUCGACUUUAGUGUCUAUUCUUUGGCUACACAAGCUCAACGUGAAGCUAGCCGUGCCAUUCCUCAAGACGAACGUCAGAAGUACGAUGCAGAAUUUGAGAAACAGAUGCAUGAAUUCGAAGAAGAAAAAAAGAAGUACAAGGAACAACAUCCAGAUAAAGUGAAGGAAGAAGAGGAAGAUCCAGGAAAAUACUACGAAGAUGCGGAGACGCGAGAGCUGAGAAUGAUUCACGAAGGCCAAAGUGCAAUUUACAAAAUCCUGCAACAAAUGGAGGUACAACUUGCUGAUGUUCAGAAGCGUUCUGGUGGCGGUGGUGGUGCUGUUUCUGGAGUAUCAGUUGGGGAUGGUAUGUUGGUUUUGUAAAGUGUUAAGGUAUUGUGAUUUUUUGACAUGCAAAGCUUCGUGAUCGGACGACAAGACCUGUACCUAUUUGAUGUUAUUGUUUAAUUGUGUUUAUCUAGUGCAUGAAACCUUUUUGUUCUGUUUUAUAGUUGUAUAAUUUUAGGUUUUCAACAGCAUGAGAAGAACGAAGUGAUUCAAGCUCUUCGUGAUCUGACAAAUCAAAAUCGUGACUCUAAAAACUACAUCAACGAGAUCUUCACUCGUACCUACAAUAUUGAGCAAAAAUUAGGAGGAGGUAUUCCUGUACAACAAGGGAACCAGCAAGCUGUACAACAAGGUUUGGAUCCAUAUGUAAAGCAGUCGUUGGAUAACAUUCAUUCCAUUGUUCAACGAUUGGGUACAAAUCAAGGAGGACCAGCCUCGUAUCAAGCUGGUGGUACUCAAGCCGUCUGUCCAGAAGUGACAUGUGCAACUCCAACUCUGCUUGUUGCCAUAGUUUUAGUUCAAACUGGUAUUAUAUUGGCAUUUGUGUUUGUGAGGUAGGUUACGUUCUGUUGAGGAUUAGGUUAUAAGGGAAAAUUUGUCUUUUUAAUGUGUUAUUGAUUUUUAUUUCAGAAGCAAACCAGACAAGGCCAAAUUCUAUUAA